CCGUCCAUUGUAGUUUCCUGUUAGAAUGAUGCAAACUUAAUUAUUGCGAUACGUAUUUUCUUAAAUAUAUUUUUAGUUGUUUCAGCGUGCAUAGAUGUAGGAUGCAUGAUGGUGUAUAACAACAUUAUAUUUUGUUUUGUGUGUGUGCGUUUUUCAACUAACGUUAGCCAGUAAACUAACCCUUGCUACCUAUCUAAACCAGCGCGUGUUACGGUUAAUAUUACGCGAACUACGAUUUUGUGAAGUACUGAGACCUUAAUCCGGACAGGAAGGUUAUCCAGAAAUAUUAAAAAAGUAGUAAUCCCAAAAAGUAGCCUGAACUGCUUUCAGGCCCUUGGCCUGUUCAUGCAUGCGCAGUUAGCUUGUUAACAUACUAGCGCACACAGAAGGCAACACUAAGUCGUUUUGGAGUUAGUCAUCGAUAUGGGUAAGAAGCAGGGAGGCAAAUCAAAGAAGGAUGUUCAGGAGGUGGAGGAGUUUGUGGUGGAGAAGGUGAUUGACCAGCGAGUGGUCAAUGGGAAAGUUGAGUUUUUCCUCAAGUGGAAAGGCUUCACAGAUGCUGACAACACUUGGGAGCCUGAAGAGAAUUUGGGUUGUCCUGAACUGAUUGCUGCAUUCCUGGAGUCUCAGAAAGGAGUGGUGGAGAAUCCAGAAGCCGUAAAAAGGAAAUCCUCCACUGAUGAACCAGAAACGGAUGAGAGCGCGGCAAAGAGAAAGAAAGAAAUGUCUGACAAGCCAAGAGGGUUUGCAAGAAACCUUGAGCCAGAGAGGAUCAUUGGGGCGACUGAUAGCAGUGGAGAGCUCAUGUUCCUCAUGAAGUGGAAGGACUCUGAUGAAGCAGACCUGGUACCUGCAAGAGAGGCCAAUACCCGUUGCCCACAGAUAGUCAUCGCCUUUUAUGAGGAAAGACUAACUUGGCAUUCCUGUCCUGAGGAUGAGCAACAAUAAUGUCCCACAUCUCACUGAUUUGUGCUUCAGUGUGUUCCACC